CCCAUCUACACAAUGGACCACGAUGACUGCAUACCGGAUACUUUCAGUACGGAUCGCCUCUGGAAGCCUUCUCGGCUCUUCUUAGAUCCAUCUUCAUACGAAUCCUUGCUAUUCGCGCCAUUGCAGCUUGACAUUCCCUCAAUCAAGUUCGACCACCCCUAUGCCCCGAAGGAGCCACUUGAUCGCGACUUGCGCCUGCCAGACCUGGACGCGUUUGAGUUCGGACCCCUCCCAGAACUAGAAAGUCUUGACCAGGCCUCCUUUUCCACUGAUGCCCCGCCAACUGAGCCGGAGGAUGAUAUUUGGGAAAUCGCAAUAGAACUUGGCCCUGCGGACAAGGACUCUCAGUUUUUUACUUGGGAAGCCUUUGAGAAUGAAAAGCAUCAAGAGCGCUACACACCGUAUAUCUCUGAAUCCGGUCCCGAGGCCUAUGAUGCCGCGCUCCUAUCGGAGACCAAUGACAAUGAGGAUGCCGUAACCGGACGGAUUCUUCGGGGAGAUACUCUCCUACACUCUUUAUGGAAUUUGGGGCUUGGUCGCUCUUCCCUCUUGUUCAAUUUCAACCGAAAACUGCGGACAUUUGUCCCGGCCAUUCACGAUGGACGGGCAUCGGGGACUAGUCUUGAGUCCGCCCAAAGCCUCAUAAACCAAUUCAUAUUGACUGGAAAUACCUUUCUUUACCUGCGUUCCUUCGUCGCGCGCACCUUCGCAUCUGCCACUUCCAUUCCUGCGCGGGUCGCUCUUGCUACCUGCGUCUCAACCAUCCUCUCCACUUUCGAGGACCACCUCGGGCGACAUUCGCAGAAUAUCCGGUCCCUGCUCCAGCUCCAGCGGCUUUUUUCUAAGUCUCGAGAGGUUUUGGUGUAUGUUGCUCGCCUUGUCGAUGCUGUAAAGCAUGCCAAAACCAACGAGCACCUUUCAUCCAUCAUCCAUCAUCGCGUACUAGAGAUUGAAGAUGGUGAUAGAGACCUCCGGCGACUCGCAACCCAGAUCCUGCUCCGCGUCGCAGCACCUAGCUUGGAAAUUAUUGGCGAGUGGAUUGGAAUUCGAAAAGAAGACGAAACCGUGCCAGUGACAAGAAGAGGCGCUUUCGUUUUUGACGACAGCCCUGAAGGGAAUGCCUCUUCGGAAUGCACAUAUUAUCCCGAGAUGAUGCCGCGGUUCGUUUCUCCGGAAGACGGUAACGUGAUAUUUGAAACGGGCAACAGCUUGCGCUUCUUGAAGCUGCAUCAUCCGGAGCAUCCUCUGGCCUGCGUGGAGAAAUUUGGGAUUCAUCCUCCUCAAUUGGAGUGGAGGUUCGCAUGGGAAGACAUCGAGGCAGUUUCUACGAAGGCAAAAAUCUAUGAAGAAGAUCUCCGGAGAGCCAUCCAAGAUUUUAGUGGAGGAACAGCGAGGGAAUUACAAGGCACCCGACAACCCCACGCUAGUUCUGCUUCCAACACCUCCAUAGAAAACACGACCCCGACAGAUAUCGCGAAAUAUAUCGAAGAAAUGGUCCAACUGUUCGAUCAAGCUCCCAAACAUUCUUCUGAUACCCUUCCAGAUGAGCUCCAACUCCUCAUCGAACACAUAGUAUCCGACGGAUCUACCACUGAGCCUUCAAGGUUGUCAUCCUUCUCUCCCCCUUUAUCUCUGACUUCCACGCUAUCCUUCAAUCCUCUCCUUGCUGCGCAAGCAAAACUUGUCAACGCAACGACGCUCCGCCUCUUCUUCCGAUCGCACCGCCUUCGCUUACAUCUUUCCCUCCAACGGCAAUACCAUCUUCUCGGCGACGGCGUUUUCUCUUCUCGUCUCGCCUCCGCGCUUUUCGACCCGGAACGCGAAACUGCUGCUCGACGCAAUGGAAUUAUCCGCAGCGGCGUAGACAUGGGUCUCCAGCUUGGUGCGAGGAGCGAUUGGCCGCCUGCCAGUUCGGAGCUGAGGCUUGCUCUAACAGGCGUCUUGAGCGAGAGCUACUACGAGUCUGCACUAUAUUUUUCCACCCAAGCCACAACAUGUGGUGAAGUGCGCACAAGAGCAGAGAAAGACGAACUCCCCGGUCAACUCAACUUCGCCAUCCGAACACUCACGGACCUGGAAAUGGAGAAAUGCAAGGAUCCAGAUUCCCUCUAUGCUCUGGAUUUCUUGCGUUUGCAGUAUGUUCCGCCAAGCCCACUGAACCUUAUCAUCACGAACCGCACGCUCGAGAAGUACGACGAUAUCUUCAAAUUUCUGCUUAGACUCUUGCGAAUGCUGUUCGUGGUCUCGCAUCUCCCGCGUCAGUACCCAGAUACCGAGUCCCGCUUUUUCAGGAUGGAAGCGCAUCACUUUAUCACGGCGAUUUCUUCAUAUAUCUUUCAGACCGGCAUCGCUGAGCAUUGGCAUAACUUCGAGACGUUUAUAACGACUGUCGAGACACAGCUACAAGAAGAAGAUUCUGCCAGCGAACUCGGCACCCGCGUAAAAGAAGGCUUAGAAUCCCUGAAAUCCGCACACGAACAAUGCCUCGAGGGCAUUAUGUUCUCGUUGCUUCUCCGGCGCCGACAGAAACGCGUUAUGCUGCUGCUUGAAGAGAUCUUCGACCACAUUCUCCUUUUUGCGAAAUGGCAGAACCAGAACCAGCGAGGAGAAAUCGAAGAGGGGAGAGAGAGCGUGAAAGACCUCUACGCCAAACUCCGCGGUAAAAUCAAAGUCUACAUUAGCGUGAUCAAAGGCUUAGUAGGCAAGAAAGGGUACGGAAAGGGGCGAGGUAGUAGCGAGGAGAAUAGUCUAGAGAGGUUGGGUGUGUUGUUAGAGAUGAAUGGCUAUUAUGGUAGAGGUUCUUGA